GGCUUGAGAUAGUGUGCUGAAUCAAUCAAUGAAAUCCUAUUUUCCGCCUUGUUUUGGGUGAUUUUUAGUGAAUUCACACAAGAAUACCACCUCGAUAGCACGCGAAUAUGAUACACAUAUAGUUUAUAAGGAAUUCUCAUAGCGCCAUCGUUAAUUCACUCACCACACAUAAACAGCACACAAAUCUUGCUGCAUAGCAUUUAGUGGAGUUUGUGAAGAGGAAAUAGUGGAGAGAGAGAUCAGUGGAGUGUCUGAGGAGAGAAGCACAUCGUAAAAUGAGAGCUAUCGGUGUGAUUUUUAUUGCACGCAUUUUUAUUGUGUUGAUAGUUGCUAAUAGUGUGAUUUCCACAUCAAUUCCAACAACAACGGACACCACACUCACUGAUGACGAGGUGGAAACAACAACAAUCAUUCCAACACACACCACAGACGAUGAUGAUGUUUUUGUUCCAAGCAAACCACUCAAUUUGACGGUGCUGGAGGUCACUUCGACGACGAUAAAAUUGUCCUGGCGUAUUCCGGAGCACACAAAUGGCGCCAUUACGGGCUACCAGGUCUACUAUGAGCACUCCAAUCAGACAUUCUCAGGCCCAAUCUUGAGGGUGGACUCCUCCACGAGUUCCUACAUACAAUAUAUUCUGCCCAAUUUGAAGCCAUUCACGGAGUAUAAAAUAUAUGUUCAGGCACUAACAUGGAAGCACAUAGGAAAUAGAUCGGAUAUUGUGACGCAGAGAACGGAUAUUAGUGGACCCAGUCCACCGGAAGUUGUGAAUCUCACGUGUCUGGCACAAGACGUGAUAUCUUUCCACUGGAAGCGACCACUGGAGUACCAUCAUUCAAUUGAUUGGUACAUCAUUAGCUACAGGGCGGAGGAUGAUCCUGAUUUUCAGGAGUUCUCCAUCAAUUCAACGGCAAAAAUAACUGAAUCAUCGAUGAAGCUGCCAAAUUUACCCACAAACACAGUCUAUGAGAUCAAAGUGCGAGCUGCCUCUGUGAGUGCAAUAAAUCCAAGAAACAUCAUUCCAGGAGCAUUUUCCGAUCCCAAAAGGAUCCACUUGCAACCGGGCUGCGAGAAAAUGCAACCACUGCCGAGACAAGUUGCCAACAAUUACAAUUUCGUUAUCACAAUUGUAAUAGUUUUUUGCUGCUUCAUAUUCUUUCUGAGUGUCGUUGCUCUCGUGCUGUGGAGAAAAUGCUUCCACGCCGCAUACUACUAUCUGGAUGAUCCUCCAUGUCAGGGACAGACGGCGCUUUUAAUCGACUGGGAGGCGCCGGUUGAGGUGGGUGGCGAGGUGAGGACUGUGGUGCCGGUGAAUGAGUUUGCCAAGCAUGUGGCGGAGUUGCACGCUGACGGAGACAUUGGAUUCAGCAAGGAGUAUGAGUCGAUUCAGAAUGAAUCGAUAAUGGACGACUUUCCAUCUGAACAUUCACAGCAUCCGGAGAAUAAAGGGAAAAAUCGCUACUUAAAUAUUAUAGCCUAUGACCACAGUCGGGUCCAUUUGCACCCGACGCCGGGACAAAAGAAGUCGAUCGAUUAUAUCAAUGCGAACUUCAUAGAUGGCUACCACAAAUCAAGGGCUUUCAUCGGCACCCAGGGGCCAUUGCCUGGUACAUUCGAUUGCUUCUGGCGAAUGAUAUGGGAACAAAGAGUAGCUAUUAUAGUUAUGAUAACAAAUUUAGUGGAGCGUGGUAGACGCAAAUGUGAUAUGUAUUGGCCAAAGGAUGGAACAGAGACGUAUGGCGUGAUACAAGUGAAGCUACUUCAAGAGGACGUCAUGGCGACAUACACUGUUAGGACAUUUCAAAUUAAGCAUCUAAAACAGUUGAAGCGAAAAAAGCAGGGAUCCAUUGAGAAAAUUGUCUAUCAGUACCACUACACGAAUUGGCCUGACCACGGGACGCCCGAUCAUCCGCUGCCGGUGCUGAAUUUCGUGAAGAAGUCCUCAGCGGCGAAUCCACAAGACGCCGGCCCCAUUGUUGUGCACUGCAGCGCUGGUGUGGGCAGAACCGGCACAUACAUUGUCCUCGAUGCGAUGCUGCGGCAAAUUGAGCACAAAGGUGUGCUCAAUGUGUUCAGCUUCUUGCGACACAUUCGUGGACAGAGAAACUUCCUCGUGCAGACGGAGGAGCAGUACAUUUUCAUUCAUGACGCCCUCGUGGAGGCCAUUAUGAGCGGUGAGACGAACAUCAGACCCGACCAACUCAUGGAGCAACUCAAUGAUUACAAUUAUCAGGCGUCGCAAUUUAAGUUAAUAACGUCCUUCCAGCCGAAAGAUGUGAAUAUUGCAUCCGCCAUCAAGGCGGCCAACGGCGGAAAGAACAGGAGUGGAUUGCUGCCGCUGGAGGGCAGUCGUGUGCACUUGACGCCGAAGCCGGGAGUCGAUGGGAGUGACUACAUUAAUGCUACGUGGUUCCACGGAUUCCGGCGGCUACGUGACUUCAUCGUGACACAGCAUCCGCUCACGUCAACCAUUCGGGACUUCUGGCAAAUGAUCUGGGAUCACAACGCACAAACGAUAGUAUUACUCUCGUCAAUAGAUGAUACAAAUUUUCCACAAUUUUGGCCCAAUGACGAUGAUUCAAUUGAAACUGAUAGUUAUCGUAUAAAAUUCCUGUCGGAGCACAAUUGCAACGAUUAUAUUAAUCGUGAAUUUGUAAUGCAGUCCAUACAAGAUGAUUAUGAGCUCAACACCAAAAUGCUCCACUGUCCCACGUGGCCGGACCUGAUGACUCCCGCUGGCAUUUUCGAUUUCAUCGUCAAAGUGCACGAGAGAGGCUCGGAGUACAGAAAUGGGCCGAUUGUUGUUGUAGAUAGAUACGGCGGAGCACAGGCGGCAAUAUUCUGCAUUGUGACCUCACUGGCGAUGCAGCUGGAGUACGAUUCCACGGCGAACAUCUACACAUAUGCCAAAUUGUACCACAACAAGAGACCAGGGAUUUGGACGACGGCGGAGGAGGUGAAGCAGAUCUAUCGGAUAUUGACGUAUCUGCCCAGUGAUUUGCAAUUAUUAAAAUGCACAGCAUUGCGAACGGAGUUUGAGGAAGUGACAACGGCCACGCCGGAUUUGUACAGUAAAAUAUGCAGCAAUGGAAAUAUCAGCUCAGCACUGCACACAUCCAAUUCCCUGACAAACACCAAUGUCACAUCUGUUCCCGCGUCCAAUGGCAAUGUUGCCAAGCCUGAAAUUAUAGAGGACUCUGAGGAAAUGAUCAUACCAAAUAAUGAUGAUGACAAAGCGGAUGUUUAAAACAUUGGAAGGUGGAAAGUAAAAUAAAAAAAAGCGCGUGGGGAAAUUCAACAGAGCGCGAGCAAACAGAGGUAAAAACAAUUAUUCACCCUUAGGGUGUAAAUAUAUAAAUAUGAAUAAACUAUUGUAAUUAAACAUGAAUGUAAUUUAGAUGAGAAGAAAAGUAUAUAGUUAAAAAAUACUCUACUUUGCAAGACUGGAUUUUAUACAAUUUUUUAUAUUAAAAAAGGAAUUUAUAAUAUAAUUUGUCGAAUUAUCACAGUUUUAAAGCAGAAAAAAACUUCUCUGAGUUGUAUAAAAAGGGCCAAUUUGCAUUUCUAAAACAUCCUCUCAAACACAAGCAUUUCACACACACUUUUGCAUCACAAUGAAAAGUCAAGCAACACUUCAGCAAGAAAAAAAAUUCACUUCAUCACCUUUUUCUUUCACCUCCGGCCAAAUGAGGAGGAAAAAUUCCGCCAUAGUCAUUCCAAAUGAGAAAAAAGAGAAACUUUUCUAAUUUCCAUUUUUUCAUGGUUAAUUUGCCUACCUUGAAAACACACACACAAACCCAUGGAAAAUAUGAAUCAAAACGAAGAAACUGUGAUAAUUUGAUCCUUCCCAGUGUAAGUGUAAGAA